CUUGAGUUCCAAGUUGAACGAGAGUUUUUUCUCGCGAGGAAUUCGGCAAGGUAUAGGCUAAGCGUGACGAGAAAGGUUGACAAAGUACACCAACGAGAGAGAGAGAGAGAGAGAGAGCGCGACGAGCGAGCGAAUGGUCGUGUAUGUGUGUAAGUGCGUACGUAUACGUGUGAGGGAGAGGCUUCGGAAUUCCCGGCGACGCGCCUCGACAGAGUGGGAGUGCUUGAGCGACGCGUGACGCCUGACACCCGAGUACCACGACUCCCGGAAGUCACUAUUCUCCGAGAGCAUCCAACCCACAGUAUCGUUCGCAAAGAGUCCUUGCUCCAAAAAGUUACUUCACGGGCUACACUUACGUGGAGCUUCUGUGGAGGACGACGACAUUUUUGUUUCUUGGGCUUCACGGUGGUGCCUGCUUGGCUCAUCACUUUCCUCAUCUGACAGGCUCUCACUGGUACAAGCUCUGAUGAUUCUAGCAUGCUACUAGCAGUACCAAUCUGAGUAGGAUACAGACUGAGACUGAUUGUUUGUGAAAUGGGAUGUAUUAGGAGUACACUUGGAUCAAACGAUACUGAGUAUCCUGGCUCAGGAUUCAUGGCAGCUAUUAGAAAGAAAUUGGUGAUUGUUGGCGAUGGUGCCUGUGGUAAAACUUGCUUGCUGAUUGUGUUCAGCAAGGAUCAGUUCCCUGAGGUGUAUGUGCCUACUGUCUUUGAAAAUUAUGUAGCUGAUAUUGAAGUAGAUGCAAAACAAGUUGAGCUUGCCCUGUGGGAUACAGCAGGACAGGAAGACUACGACAGACUUCGUCCACUAUCCUAUCCCGACACAGAUGUCAUCUUGAUGUGCUUUUCCAUUGACAGUCCUGAUUCUUUAGAGAACAUUCCGGAAAAGUGGACACCAGAAGUAAAGCACUUCUGCCCAAACGUACCAAUCAUUUUGGUUGGUAACAAGAAGGAUCUACGCAAUGAUCCUAGUACCAUCAAGGAACUCGCCAAAAUGAAACAGGAACCAGUCAAGCCUGAAGAAGGUCGCGCCAUGGCCGAGAAGAUCAAUGCUUUUGCCUACCUCGAAUGCUCUGCCAAGAGCAAGGAAGGUGUCAGGGAGGUCUUUGAAACAGCAACCAGAGCUGCAUUACAGGUCAAGAAGAAGAAGAAAGGAAGAUGUAGGUUGUUUUAAAGUGUAAUACCAAAC